AUGGCGGGUUCUCUGUGCAGGCUGUGUCAUCUCGUUCCUAAGACUGCUUCACGAGCAGCCAAGGAACGUGGCGAAUGGGGCAGCAAAACGGAGUUCAUCCUGUCUGUGGCUGGUGCUAUUAUUGGACUUGGAAAUGUGUGGAGAUUUCCAUAUCUGUGCUACAAAAAUGGUGGUGGUGCAUUCUUCAUUCCUUACAUCCUGUUCCUUGUGGCCUGUGGCAUUCCUCUGUUCAUGCUGGAGGUAGCACUGGGCCAGUACACCAGCCAGGGAGGAAUCAUGUGCUGGAGGAAGGUCUGCCCUUUGUUUGAAGGUCUGGGGUAUGCCAGCCAAAUGAUCAUUUUCUAUGGAUGUAUCAGCUACAUUGUGAUCAUAGCCUGGGCUUUUCUUUACCUUUUCUCUUCCUUCUCUGCUGAGCUGCCAUGGGCCACCUGUAAUAACACAUGGAAUACAGAUUCUUGUGUGAUAUUGAACAACUAUAAUACCACUGCUAACUGGACCUCGCCUGUGAAUGCAUCAUCAUCUGUAAUAGAGUUUUGGCAACGACGGGUACUAAAUAUCUCCACCGGCAUAGAGGCGCUGGGUAACAUACAGUGGGACCUUUCUUUGUGCCUUCUUCUGUCCUGGAUCUUCUGCUACUUCUGUGUCUGGAAGGGAGUGAGAUCUACAGGAAAGGCUACCUACUUCACAGCCACAUUCCCCUACUUCAUGCUGAUGGUGCUGUUUGUCAGAGGAAUGACUCUUCCUGGAGCACUUCAUGGUAUCAAGUACUACCUGUACCCCAAUCCUGCACGACUCGCUGACCCACAGGUUUGGAUGGAUGCUGGAACCCAAAUAUUUUAUUCCUAUGCCAUCUGUUUGGGAUGCCUGACUACACUCGGGAGCUACAACAAGUACAAUAACAACUGUUACAGAGACUCCUUCUAUCUUUGCUUGCUGAACAGCGGGACCAGUUUUGUGUCCGGCUUUGCCAUUUUCUCAGUUCUGGGCUACAUGUCACAAAAACAGGGCGUCGACAUUUCUACAGUUGCUGAGUCAGGCCCCGGCCUUGUGUUCAUAGUCUACCCACAAGCUGUGACCCUACUGCCAUCGCCUCAAAUCUGGUCUGUGUGCUUCUUCAUCAUGAUCAUCCUGUUAGGAAUAGAUGGACAGUUUGUUGGGAUUGAAAGCAUCAUGACCUCUCUGUCAGACGUCUACCCCUCACAGAUCCGAAAAGGAUAUCGCAGAGAGAUUUAUCUGAUGCUGUUCUGUGCUGUUUGCUUUAUGUUUGGCCUCUUAUUAGUGACCCAGGCUGGGGCUUACAUUCUGCAGAUCUUUGAUCACUAUGUGUGCAGCGGUCCCGCUCUUCUUCUGAUGGCAAUCUUCCAGUCAGUAGUUAUUGGAUGGAUUUAUGGUGCUGAACGCUUCUGUGACAACAUUGAGGACAUGAUUGGUUACAAACCUCUGUCACUGAUGAAGUACCUGUGGAUGUACGGCACCCCUCUUAUUUGCAGUGGCACGCUUGUGUUUUUGCUUCUGAGAUACACCCCCAUGAAGUUCAACAACUCCUAUGUGUAUCCUUGGUGGGCGUACGGGAUUGGCUGGUUCCUGGCCACGUCAUCUCUUACCAUGGUCCCACUGACCAUGGUCUGCAAACUGGCCAAGGGGAAAGGGACUCUCUGGCAGCGUUUAAAGAAAAGCUUGCAACCUGCAGAAGACCUUCCAGUGAUGGCAAGGGAAACUGUAAACAGCGGCACCUUACUGCGUGUCCCUGACGAUGGACAAAAAGGCAAUGUGUAAUGAAUCCUUGGCAUCUGCAUAUUUUAGCUCACUCACUACAAACGUUAUCGUUAUGUGGGUAAGGCAUCACUGUAGUUUAAUAUUGUUAAAGUAGCCACUGUUCACAUCACAUCUAGUACAAAUUAACAUGCUGAGACUUUGGAAUGGUUUGAAAUAUACAGUUUGUCACAGUCAACACAAUGAAGAUUUAAGUAAAAGUAACUUAAGUAGUUAAGUAUUGCAUAAAAACUAAAAGUACAUAAGUCAUCACUUUAUUAUGAUAUCACUUUUAUGCAGAGGGUCUCGAUUUUCUUUCUGCUGAGAACCGCUAUAAGAUAGAGAAUAUAGUGGGUACCACUUAUAUACGUAUCUUACGUACAUACGUACCUUGGAAUAAUUUGACAUAGCCGAUUUUUUUACACUUCUGUAGUCUAAGAACGACACAAGAGAAAUGUAUUAGAAGUAGGGCUGUCAGCAUUUAUGUGUUAAAUGCAAUGUGAUUAAGGUCCGCACAUAAAGGUUUUUUAAAAUUAUUUUUAUUUUAUAAUCAACUUAAUCCCCAGCUGACAUUCCCAUCUUUAACAGGCUGUACCAGUCUGAGUUUUAGUCUAGUAUCAUAGAAGACCUGAGGAGUCCAGUGGUACCAACCUUUUUUUUUUUUUUUGCAGUUAUUUGAUUGCUAAUCAAGACAAUCAGGCACAAAUUGCUUUAUGCUGUCAAUAUGAACUACAAAACUGUUUUGUGAUGCAAAAUAAUGACAUUGAUAGCAUGCAAAUAAAAAAAUGCGAUUAUGCUAUUAUAUGCAUAUUAUUAUGUUAGUCGUGAAAAUCGCGAUUAACUAGUAAAUUUAUGCAGUUAAUCGUGAUUGUAAAAUUAAUCAUUUGACAGCCCUAAUUAUAAAAUAUUAGACAUGCAUUAGAAGUAUUUUAACCAUGUCAAGACAUAAAACCCAUAAAACAAUGCAAUAGAGUACCCAAGGAAUGAGUCCUAAAAUCCGGAAAUGAGUUAAUGAGUCAGCUCCUCCGGUUCCCUCAUCUCGAAGUCAGUGAGUUUUUGGUUAGAUGUCUCAAAUAAGGUCUGUGGUUAACAAAAGCCCAAGAGACUUUCACAUUUGUUCUACGUCAAAAAAAUAGGUCGUUAAAUACCACAUUGUGAACUCUGAAGCUUUCAUGUGUCUUAAACAAGGUGGUUGCUAACAAGUAACUUAGUGAGAGUACAGAACGUCAUCCCAUCGAGCCGUGCCGAACACAUCUCGACAGCCUCGUUGUGAUGACGUGUUAAUAGCCUAAAAAUAGUUUUUACCUCUGGAGAUAGUAUUUAGGCUUCAAAUAUCCUGAAAGUGUUAUUUAUGAAGAUAUUCUAGCUGAACAAAAUGUGCAAGUAUUAUAAAUGUUUGUUUACCACAGAGCUUAUUUUCUGCAGCGAUCCAAAAUCAAAUGGAAAAAUCCCACAGGCGUUUUGAUGAGAGGACACCAGGGUGAUGUUAACCCUUUAUACCCCAGAUGGACUUAGGAUUGGUCAAUUACUGUAAGCAACAGCGUUCUCAACCUUAACAAAGAUCAAAGGGAAAUAGAGAGAAAAGGGCAAAUUCUAAGUGCAUUUCAGAAUAUAUACAUAUCAAGAAAUAGUUUAACUUUUUAUGCUCACAAAGAUGAAAUAAAAAGUGGAUUCUGAUGACGAUGUAUUAUGAUUAAAGCUAGAUAUAUCGCCACGCUGUUGUAUACCUCCGCUUACCAGUCAAGUUGCACUUACAGUUUACAUACAUGUCUGUAAAAACAUGCUUCACACAUAUCUUCCUGCCGGCAGCUCAGAAGAUCUAAACAGUCAGCACAGUAUCAAGGUGGACACCCAAGGCUCUUGAGUUAUGGCCAAAAAAAUAGGUUUAAUGAGGUCACCGUGACUUUGAUCAAAGACCCUCAACUAUCAAAUUCUAAUCAGUUUAAUCUUGAGUUUAAGUGGACAUUUGUGCUAAAUUCAAGGAAUCUACCUUC